CCAUCUGCUCACCCCCAUCCAUGUCACCAUUAUGAAUAAUCAUCAUCAUACAUCAUCAGCCACAUUCUUCGUAUGAGCCCAUCACCAUCCAUCUCAUGCCUCAUGCCUCAUGAAACAACAUCAACAUCUCAAUGCUCCCUCACCUCUUACUCCUCACAAACAACAAAAACACCCAUCCCACCAUCUUUCAUUCCAUUCCAUCACUUUACAUUCAACCAUUCAAGUCAUGUGGCUGACCCAAAGCCAAUUUUUCAUUGAUUUCUCAUAGCAGCCCAACUCACCGAAGUCCUAAGGUGGGUAAAAGACUAGUUCUCCCUUCCGUGUGAACUCCUUUCCCUCAUUACUUUCCAUUAGUGCACUAUUGCACUUUCAGCUUCUUAUUCUUUCUGUUUCUUCUUUUCUUUUUUCCUUCUUGAUUACCUUUUUGUAUGAAUGCUUGAAAAGGAAGGGCUGUGGGUUUUUAUUCCUCUGUAUGAUUCUUUUUUUUAAAAAAAAAAUUUUAACUACUUCUGAAGGAUUCCUCCUGUCUCCUAGGCAACCUGGUUUUGCACUUUGCUGUCUGGGAAUUUGAUCUGACUUUGGGUUCCAAUCUUUUGAUAUCUCUGCCUUUAAAGAACCUUGAUUUCGAUCUCUAUUGCAUAGAGCUCUGAUGGGUAUUUCUUGUCAUCUCAUGGGAUUGUGUUUUUGAGACCUGUCUUUGCGAUUUUGUGGUUUUUAGCUUCUUCACUUUUCUAAUCAUUGCAAAUACCUGAUUUUUUCUGUUUUUCUCCUUUAAUUUUGAUGGGUAUUUCUUGUUUUGAGGUUUUGGGUUUUUGAUUUCUUAGCAAUAUUUCUUUUGGGAUUUUGGGUUUUUGGAGUGAGAGUUGCCAUGUUCACCUGUUUAUUGAUAUCUGUCAUCUAAGACACCUGAUUUUGAUUUCUCAUGCUUUGAAUUUUGAUGGGUAUUUCUUGGUUUCCCACCAGAUUUCUCGGUACCAGAUUGUUUUCCGGGUUUCUGGUUUACGGGUUCUUGUUGUUUCCUCUUCUUUUGGAGUCUUUAUUUUAAUUUUCUCCACCUAUCCAUAUCGCUGUAGUGCUUCAGUGGGUAGUGUCUCAGAAAAUGAGAUUGGGUUUUGAUUUUUCUAGUCUUCUGUCGAUUUCUCUUGUUAUGAGGAUUUGGGUCCUGUUUAAUUUCAGGAACAUGGGGUUAUAAUUUGGAAUUUUUCCGUUUAAUUCCCGCCAUGAAACUCCUUUGGUUUGUUGGGUUGUUGGUUUUCUUCUGGUUGGGAGCACUUUCAAAUGGUUUGAAAGGAAGUGCUACUUCAAGGCCCCCUUUUGUGAACAUUGGAGCUAUUUUCACUAUUAACUCUACCAUUGGGAGAGCUGCCAAGAUUGCCAUUGAGACUGCCGUGGAAGAUGUAAAUGCAGAUCCCCGCAUUCUUGGUGGGACAGAGCUGAAAGUUAGGAUGCAGGACUCUAAUUGCAGCGGGUUUCUUGGAAUUGUUGAAGCUUUCCAGUUCAUGGAGACUGAUAUUCUGGCUAUUGUCGGCCCCCAGUCUUCCGUGAUUGCACAUGUGAUUUCGCACGUCGCGAAUGAGCUUAAAGUUCCCCUAGUGUCGUUUGCGGCUACAGACCCAACUCUGAGUUCUCUUCAGUACCCGUUCUUCGUUAGGACGACACACAGUGAUCUGUUUCAGAUGGGUGCAAUUGCUGAAAUUGUCGAAUAUUUUCGUUGGAGACAGGUGAUCACAAUCUUCAUUGAUGAUGAUUAUGGACGAAAUGGGAUAGCUGCGUUAGGUGAUAAGCUCGCAGAGAGACGCUGCAAGAUUUCUUAUAAAGCCCCCAUUCGCCCUGGGUCUGGAUUAAGCAAGAGUGAAGUUACGGAUGUACUGAUUCAGGUGGCACUGAUGGAAUCCCGAGUUAUCGUUCUACAUGCGAAUCCGGAUUCGGGUCUUCAGGUCCUCUCCGUGGCACAUUACCUUGGCAUGAUCGGUAAUGGGUAUGUGUGGAUAGCUACUGAUUGGCUCUCUUCCAUUUUAGAUUCUUGGGAUCCGCUUUCUGAAGAGACCAUGCAGACAAUGCAAGGAGUACUUACCUUGCGUAUGCAUACAGCGGAUUCAGAAAGGAAAAGAGCUCUUGUUUCUCGGUGGAGCAAGUUGACUAGUGAGAGGAAAGCAACAUCUUCGGGGUUGAAUUCGUUCGGCCUGUAUGCUUAUGAUACCAUUUGGAUAAUUGCUCAUGCAAUCGACAACUUCUUUAAAAGCGGUGGAACCGUGUCGUUUUCUAAUGAUUCAAGGUUGCAUGAUUCUCAAGGUGGGACCCUUAACCUUGAAGCCAUGAGCAUCUUUGACGGAGGGGACCACUUGUUGAACUACAUACACCAGACUAAUCUAACAGGAGUGACCGGCCUGCUUCAUUUCGAGCCUGGUGGAGUCCUCAGCCAUCCUGCGUACGACAUCAUGAAUGUAGCCGGCACUGGGUACAGGAGAAUUGGUUAUUGGUGUAACUAUUCAGGAUUGUCAGUCAUGCCUCCCGAAACUCUCUACGAGAAACCGCCUAACCGUUCCAGUGCGAACCAACAACUGUUGAAUGUCAUAUGGCCUGGGGAGACAACCAAGAUACCCCGUGGGUGGGUCUUCCCUAACAACGGGAAGGAGUUGAGAAUCGGCAUCCCAAAAAGAGUUAGCUAUCGGGAAUUCGUCUCGCAAGUGCCAGGCACUGAUAUAGUGAAGGGGUUCUGUAUAGAUGUAUUCACCGCUGCAAUAAACUUGUUGCCAUAUGCUGUUCCAUAUAGGUUCAUCCCUUUCGGAAAUGGCCAAGAGAAUCCCGACUUCUCCGAGCUUGUGCGUCAGAUUACAACAGAUAAUUUGGAUGCUGUAGUAGGUGACAUUGCAAUUGUCACAAACCGAACAAAGAUUGUGGAUUUUACACAGCCAUUCAUCGAGUCUGGGCUCGUCAUAGUGGCACCUGUUAGGAAGUUGAACUCAAGUGCUUGGGCUUUCCUUCAGCCAUUUACUGUAGAGAUGUGGUGUGUCACGGCAGUGUUCUUCCUUGUUAUUGGAGCAGUUGUGUGGAUCCUGGAGCAUCGGAUGAAUGAUGACUUCCGCGGCCCACCUAAAAAACAAUUUGUUACUAUUUUAUGGUAAGUACUUAAAAAAAGAAGGCACAUGCAGCAA